AUGUCCAACGAUCCUGCAAUAAACACGGCACUGCUGAACUUCUGCGCAUCGCUCGACAACGGCCCGAAAAACAGCAGCAAUGCUGACGCUCCCACGCACCGCAACCCAGAGGACAUGCAGUGGCUCAAGGAGGCGCUGCAGUCCGUUGAAGCGCCGGAGCGGCAGGUACGCCGCCUCUUGGACACAGUGGCUCGUGACGACAUAACGGAGGACGCCUGCGCCGAGGCACUGGAGGAGUUGAGCGAUUUGGUGGAGGAUAUCAACUGGGCCAUCGAGUUCUCUCUCAUGAAUGGACACAAGACUAUAUUGGACCUGCUGCAAAAGGGUAAACUCGCUGCAGAGAGCGCAAAGGUGCGCCAGAACGCGGCGAUGGUCAUCGCUCAUGCCGCGCAGCUCAACGAGCGCGUGCAGAAUUGCUUUGAGGAAGCGCAGUGGCAGAACGUGUUGGUCCCGCUGCUUGAAAAGGAGGAGUCCUCCGCUGUCUUGGCGGCUCUUUUGCACAGCUGCAGCUGUCUUUGUCGCAGUUACGCACCGAAUGCCCAUCUCUUUUGCCGUGCAGGGGGAGUGGAGUUGGUAAAAGUGCUCCUAGGAACGGAGGACACCGGUUCCCCCAUCAGUAGCAGGAUCAUCAGACGUGUGCUGUUUCUCAUCACGUAUCUGGCGGAUGUGGCCGAUUUCGAGACUGAGGGAAUGCUUCGCCUCAUAUGCAAGCAUGCCAAAAACCCCGACGACGAGGUGCAAAUCACUGCGGCGCAAACACUAACGGCGUUUACAGACAAAUCCUUCGCUGUCGUCAAGAGGGUGAUGUGCGAGGAGGCACCUGAAUGUCUCGAUUCCUGGAGGAGCCGAAACCUUGAAGAGGACGACUGCCGGAAGAUGUUAAUAAAUGUGUUGGAUAAAGAGGGGCACGAAGGUUAG